UUGUUUCGUGAUCUAAAAGGAAUGGCAACAAUUAUGUUCAUAAACAUUUGUCUCUUGAGAAGAUUGGACCAGUAGCUGCCUCAUGCUUCGAUUCUAUAAGUGACAAUGAUCUGUUGUGUGUAAUCGUAUGAUUUCUGUUUGAGCAUUUUAGACAUAACGGCCGUGAAUACAUGAACUUAACUUAUUGACAAUAAUAAUAGUGAUCGUGAAAUUACCUCUUGAUCUAUCGAAGAACCCUGACAACUUGAUGUGAUUCGGACUUAUGUGAUUCAUCUUUAUUUCUGUUGGGAUUAUAUAAAAGGAGAUUUCAUCAUGAAUGAUGAUACGAUGAGUGCAAUCCUUGAGCAGGAGGAUGAACACUCGCCUGGAUACGCGACCAUCAUCACCCCUUCUCCGAGAAACAGCAGGAAUUUCGAUCUCGGAGCCCCACUUGGUCCUUCCAAGACACGCGGCGGUCAUCAAAGCGUCAUCGUCAACAACGCAGCCAGAUCAGCACACGCUGAAUUCCGCCAUAACUCUUGGAAUGCCAACCCAAGGAGUGGUGUCAUCAUUCAGCAUCUCAACUCUAUCCCGCCGGAUGCAGAGCGACCGCAGAUAGUGGAAGUCACCGGGAUGGAUGAAGAGGACGGCGAUGGUCGAGGCAUCACCAAUCCAGAUUACCCGAGAUCCGAGCCCGACAGGAGCGGUCAGAUUGACGAGUAUCCUACAUUGCCGAUGGAUGCGGGACCACCUUUGCCGGACAGGGACUACCAUGGCAACAGUGACAGCAGACCGGAUAUCCAGCGCUUAAGUCUGAAUGCGGGAGAUGAUGGAGACCCACCUAGGGUAACGGAUAUCCCUCCUUCGUUUCCACCUCCUCCACCCCUCCCCAGGUACAACGAUCCGAGGAAAGCUCUACACAACCUUCAGAAGGGAACACCACAACACAACUGUCCCAAGGGAAAAUAGAAGUAGAGGUACCUGAAAAUCAAGAAAUCCACAUAGUUCUGAGGCGAGCACUUGCAAGAAAUUUCGAUACAACUCAACCAAACCAGGAUGAAGCAGACCAAUCGCAAGGGGUAGAGACGGAGAGGGUGUCUAGCUGCACACAAACUCGUCAUAGUCCGCUGCAGUCAACCCAAGUACAAACGACACUUGACAGGCCUUCACGUCGUGAUGACCCAAGUGAACGCCAGUUGGACAAUCGAGAGAAUACCGGCCAGUCCGGCGAGGGGACUGAUCAAAGAUCGAAUCAUCGACAGUCUUCCCAAAAUAGAGAAUCAUCCGAUCACACUGAAUAUGGACCAGAUGCUUUCCACCCUUUUUCUCAUCGCGAAGACCAUCCAACGCAGAGGCCACGCUCGGGUGUGGAAACUGAUACCCGCCCUCGACGAUCAUCACGAAUAAUAGAACAAAUUAUUAUUACAAGAGAAAUCGAUCCGUCUACUGGUCAGCCAUUUGAAUCAGCACCGGUACAACGGCCCUCAAGACCCCGAUCAGGACAUAACAUUGCCUACAACAACUCGGUACGUGAUAGCGGCCGCAGGUCUCGCGGAUGGGCGCCAUUCAGUGAAUCGCAGCGACAUUGGUCCCCGGGAGAUGGAAACGAACAUGUGGAACUUACUGGAAUUGUGGCAGGAAUGGAAACGGAAACAGACCGUGGAGAAGAGUACAGUUAUAGUUACAUGCCUCGCGAGAGUGCAGAGCGAAGAGGAAGGACAAAUCAAGGGUAUGACGUCAGUCCUCCUGAAGACCGACGACGUCCUGAUGUCGUAAGAGUAUCUUCCAGACAUCCGGCUUGGGAUGAAGGCACUGGCGUUCCCCCACCCCCUCCAUACACCGAGAGAGAUGUUUCACCUCCACAACUCCGGUCGGCAGGUCACGGUUGGGGUAGAUCUAACAGACGAGGAAGUUGGGCAGCAGCGGAUAGUGACAGAUCUUCGACCGUUGCUGCAGGGUGGACGCAAAGGACACGGGUAGUGUUCGCAGUGAUGCUCCUACUAUGCAUUAUCCUCCUUCUGGCAUUAGUAGUAGUUGUCGCCCUGUAUUUCACUACUGGACCAGGUAAAGACUGUCUGAAUAAAGAAAUGUGCGAUUCACCAUCGAUCGGCUAUAUCGCCGCAUUUUGUGUUAUCGGAUUUCUGGCGUUCAUCUUCAUGCUAAUCGGUAUCAUCCUCUGCUGUUUCGCUUGCCGGAUAUCCAGAGAUAAACGGAUGCAGGACUAUCCGGUGUCAGCUCGUCGAUAACAAACCAAACCGCUUUCAACUCUAGCCUGUGCCAUCUCAGUAUAGUCGACGCCGACCAGCGGCCCACGAGACUAACAAUGCGUCGGCCUCGUGAACCCUCAAUGAGGUUAAUAGUCAGGAGGCUCGCGCCGAGCAAUGCUGGUCAAAGAGCUGCGAUUUGUCAAAGUCCUUCAAUCAAUCGCAAAGUUACAAUUAAGAGCAAAAUUGUGAAUGAUAUUUAUCAAAUUAAACUUUUGAAAGCCGGACCCUUAAUGCACACAUAGGCCUAGGCCAAAUCGAUUUACAGGUAGUAAUGUGUAGGACAUCUACGAUAAUAGAAAUAAAUCAGAGACAAACUCUCGACUUAAAAAUUGGGCUUCCUAGCAAACAGCUUCUACAGAAGAUACUGCUGUAUGAAAUCACGAAUUAUAAUUUUUCUCAAAAAAUUGUCACAGUGUACAUUAUGCGUUAUUGGUUAAUUUGUUUGAACCUUUUCAGCCGGAAUCAGUUACAUGUACCUCUUAAAAUGUUGCCUUAGUUUCAUCCCAACCUGUAGCCUAUUAUGUUACAAACUGCAUGUAGGUUUUUUUGGGGGGGAUAGCUUUGCUCAUUCCUUUUUUUGAUAAUGAUAAUGAUAAUAUCCAAAACGAAGCCUAUAUUAUUUGUGUUAAAAUGAUUACAAUUUGGAUAAUAAAUCUAUAGUUUUUCACUUGUUUUAUAGGUUUAGAGUUAUAUAUUAUACACGUCAGUACUAUACAUUGUCUUUCAUAUAUCAUUGUAAAUAUAUUAUGCUUCAAAAAUCAAAUACUGCUUUGUAUAUAUAGCAUCUGCAUGUGCACAUAAAAUUAAUGUAUAUUAUAGACCUAGGUCCCAAUUGCGUAA